CAUCUGCUGUUCUGGUGACAGCUAGAGGAGAGCUAUCAUGGCAUUCAACGAACCCGGCCCGGUCAAGGGAGUUGGACCAGUGUCCAUACCGGAUGAUAAGAAGCCAGCUGCGACUGUGUCAAAGGUCGUGAAGUACGAGAAUGUCUGUGUGCUACCACAGACGCCCCAGCUGAUUGCCCUGUUGACUAUGAUUCGAGACCAGCGGACCUGUCGAGCAGAUUUCGUCUUCUACUCUAAUCGAAUAAUCCGACUACUUGUCGAAGAAGGCCUGAACCAUCUCCCCGUCGUGCAGAAGACGGUCACCACCCCAGUCGGCCAUACGUACGGGGGCGUUGGAUUCGAGGGCAAGAUAUGCGGUGUUUCCAUCAUGCGUGCCGGCGAGGCGAUGGAACAGGGCCUUCGCGACUGCUGUAGAUCAGUUCGCAUCGGCAAAAUCUUGAUACAGAGAGACGAAGAGACUUGCAAGCCGGCAUUGUUUUAUGAGAAACUGCCCCAAGACAUCUCAACGAGAUGGGUACUGCUGCUCGACCCGAUGUUUGCUACUGGCGGCUCUGCAACAAUGGCGGUUGAAGUCCUAAAGUCGAAGGGCGUGCCGGAAGAUCAUAUCCUAUUUAUAAACCUCAUUGCCAGCCCAUCCGGGGUCGCUGACUUUGCCGAGAGGUUCCCAAAGCUAAGGGUCGUUACCGCAUUCAUUGACCAGGGCUUGGAUGAGAAAAAGUAUAUAAUACCCGGUUUGGGGGACUUUGGAGACAGAUAUUAUACUCUCUAG